AUGAGAAAAGAGAAAAAGAGGCUGGAGAGCAGAGUAGAAAAGAGGGAUAAAGGAUUUUUGGACCCCGCCGUGAUUUCCCCCCAAGACCCCACCCUGCUGAUCGGCUCCUCGCUGGUCGCCACGUGCACGGUCAGCCCGGACUUUCCGCUGAAAGCCGAGGACCUGUACUGGACGCUGAACGGGCGGCGCCUCCCGGCCGCCUCCUACGCCGCCCUGGGCCCCUCCACGCUCAGCGUGGCCCUGGCUCGCCUCAACGGCUCCAGGCAGCAGUCGGGGGACAACCUGGUGUGUCACAGCAGAGACGGUGGCAUCUUGGCCGGCUCCUGCCUUUACGUUGGAUUACCCCCAGAAAAACCAGUCAACAUCACUUGCUGGUCCAAAAACAUGAAAGACCUGACCUGCAAGUGGGCGCCGGGGACAGAAGGGGAGACCUUCCUGCACACCAACUACACCCUCAAGUACAAGCGCAGGUGGUAUGGCCAGGACAACACCUGCCAGGAAUACCACACGGCCGGCACCUACUCCUGCCACAUCCCCAAGGACCUGGCUCUGUUCACGCCCUACGAGAUCUGGGUGGAGGCGUCCAACCGCCUGGGGGUGGCCGUGUCCGACGUGGUCAUGCUGGACAUCCUCGACGUGGUCACCACGGACCCGCCGUCGGACGUGCACGUCAGCAGGGUGGGCGACCUGGAGGACCAGCUGAGCGUGCGCUGGAGCUCCCCGCCGGCCCUCAAGGAUUUCCUCUUCCAAGCCAAGUACCAGAUCCAAUACCGGGUAGAGGACAGCUCCGAGUGGAAGGUGGUGGAUGACGUGGGCAACCAGACCUCCUGUCGCCUGGCCGGCCUCCGCCCCGGCACCGUCUACUUCGUCCAGGUGCGCUGUAAUCCCUUCAGCAUCUACGGCUCCAAGAAAGCCGGGAUCUGGAGUGACUGGAGUAACCCCACGGCCGCCUCCACCCCACGCAGCGAGCGAGUGGCGGGGGGCUGCGACCCCAAAGGUGGGGAGCAGAACACGACGCUGCGGCGGGAGCUGAAGCAGUUUUUCGGGUGGGUGAAGAAACACGCCUACGGCUGCUCCAACCUCGGCAUCAAACUCUACGACCAGUGGCGCGUGUGGCUGCAGAAAUCGCACAAAACACGCAACCAGGUUCUUCCCGGCGAUAAGUUGUAGCCCGCGG